CUAAAAAAUUUUAAUGUGAAAACUACAAAAUUGAAAAACGAUAAAUCGAAAAAAACCAAAAAUUUCUUGCCUUAACAACCCGAAACUCUUAUAAAAACGUGAUCCAGUUCGUAGUACCACAAACACUCUGUUUUAUUUACGUCGAUGGUUAAAUCAUAACCUCACUUUUUACAAUACAGUUAAAAUUUACUAAAUAGAACGACUGUCGUUGCAAAAAUGGACGAAGGUGUCGAUUUGUCGGCAAACAAUAACCAAAAACCCUCGAAAUUAGGGCUUGCGGGCAAGAUUUUGGUCGGAAUGACGGGGGGCGCCGCCUUGGGACUCAGCGUGGUCUGCGCAUCCUUCGUAAGCCCCGCUUUCCGAAAAUUUUGCCUGCCUUACAUACCCGCGACGAAAAACCAAGUUGACAAUAUUGUGGUAGCACUGGCUGGUCGGGGUGGAAGUUUGCUGGAUUUGGGGUCUGGGGAUGGCCGCAUUGUUCUAGAGGCCGCCAGGCGUGAUUUUGUGGCUCAUGGGGUUGAAUUGAACUUGUGGCUCGUAUUGUACUCUAAAUUGGACGCUUUGCGUAAAGGACUGGGAAAUAAGGUCGAUUUUUAUCGCAGGGACUUGUGGAAGUUUAAUCUUAGCGGUUAUGACAAUAUUGUGAUUUUUGGGGUGGAGCAAAUGAUGGCCGAUUUAGAGAAGAAGUUUGACUUGGAGUGUAAAAAUGGCUGCAAUGUUGUAGCUUGUCGGUUCCCUUUACCAAAUAAGACACCAGUGCGGACGUACGGAUGCGGAAUUGACACAGUGUGGGUGUACGUGUUCAACAAGCCCCCAUAAAAUAACACUUUGUUUGUGUAAAUACAUGUUAAAAGACUAGAAGUCAAAGUUGGCUUUGAUUAGAGGGCUGCGGUUGGCAUCACUGAUCACUGCUGUCAAUGAACUUCAUCAGUGAAACGUAGAGGGCGCUCUACACAUUGUUGACAAUCAAGGUACGUCAUGAACAAUAUCAAUUUUUAUUUAAACAAAUACACACAAAUUAUUGAUUUA